AUGUUAUUCGUUGUCGUUUGUUACAGUCGAGGAUAUGGUCACUACAGCUUGGAAAGCCUCCAGGACUUCGAUGUACGCCAAUUUCCUUUCCAUGGCCAACUGAAGCGUGACCGUGCGGCUCAAGUUACCGGUAUUGCGGGGAACGAUGAUGGUUAUUCGCAACAUUCACCAGCCUUCUCGUCAUCGUGGAAGCGCCGUGCAUUUUGCAAGCCAGUCAUGCUGGACGCCGUCUCGAUGGACCGCCUUGAAGGCCCGACAACCUGGCAUCGUAAUGUCACGUCCACGGAAACUCCAGCCUCAUCAGCAUUUGAUCAAGCAAUGAAGGUUUCAUUGGCCACAAAAGGCGUCGAUACUGGCAACUGCUAUCUCAAUUAG